GAAGACUCCAACCAACUACACACACAAACACAACCCAUGGCCGCGGAAGUGAAGGCGGUGGCGCCCCUGCGCGUAGCCCCGGGACCGGCACCAGAGACUGCCGACACGACAUACUGGAAAACGUUCAAAAACCAGCUUCUCCUCCCAUCACCUCACAACGCCGGCAUCACGUCCAUUACGAUCCCCGACUACAACCCCUCUGGAUCGCAGGCGGAUUCUUUCGCCAUCACAAGCGGCAGCAGGGUGCAGACGUACAGCACGAAGACGCGGAAAUUGGUCAAGACAAUCAGCAGAUUUGGUGUGGACGAUACUGCGCGGUCUGGUGUGCUCCGACGAGAUGGUCGUAUUCUGCUAGCGGGCGGUGACAGUGGGAUUGUGCAAGCAUUCGAUACUGGAUCCCGAGCCAUUCUGCGGCAAUGGCGAGGGGAGCAUGCGCACAAAUUGCCCGUGCAUGUUGUCAGAUGGAGUCCGAGCGUGCUCACCGACCUGAUGAGCUGCAGCGACGACCGGACUGUUCGGGUGUGGGAUUUGACUGAGGACGCAGCAAAGUGGACGGGAGUGGGUCACGAGGACUAUGUGCGCAGUGGAGGAUAUCUGCCCGGGCAAGGCGGAAACAUGGUGGUCAGUGGUAGCUACGACCAAACCGUGCGCAUCUGGGACACACGACAACAAGGUGGUCGCGCAGCUUUGACGUUCAAGUUCGCCAAUAAAGUAGAGGAUAUCCUGACGCUGAACAGCUCCAGUCUGGCAGUCGCCGCUGGCAACGAGGUCUCGAUUGUCAACAUUGUUGCAGGAUGCGCGGAACAUGUGAUUGCCUCUCAUCAGAAGGAUGUCAUGGCACUUGCAUCAGCCCAGCAUGGGACACGGAUUCUGACUGGAGGACUUGAUGGCCACGUCAAAAUUCACAACACUGCCAGUUGGGAGGUUGUAGCCGCCUUCAAGUAUCCAGCACCAAUCCUUAGCCUCGCCGUCGUACCUGGUGCAGCAAACAGUGAAGGCGCGAGGGACGACAGACAUCUAGCGGUGGGCCUCCAAAGCGGGCUCUUAUCUCUGCGCACUCGAUUGGCAGGAUCGGAGAAGGCGAAAGUGAGGGAGAGAGAAAAGAAGAUGGCAGCUUUAGUGGCGGGCGAAGCAGACGAGUACGAGCGCAAGCAGAAGAAGAAAGACACGCGACAAGGAGUCCGGGCUCGUGAUCGGGGCAAAGACUACAAAGGCGAGGGCGCUGACAUUGUCAUCACUGGAAAUGAUCGUCCGCGACAGAAGAAGCUCAAGGAAUGGCAGAAGAGCCUACGGACUGGCCAAUAUGCAAAGGCUUUGGACCAAGUGAUACCACCGGAUGGCUGGAAACAGUUCAACGGGGAUGAGCUGUUCACCCUCAUCACUGCCCUUCGACAUCGGAGUGCGCUACGGACAGCGCUUGCGGAGCGCUCAGCUUACCGUCUUGUCCCAAUCAUGACCAUGAUACACAAGUAUGUCACGUUUCCGCAGCAUAUCAAUCUGAUGUACGACGUUCUUCUUGUUGUCCUGGACUUGUACAGCCACAAGCUUGGCGACUGGCAGAGCGAUGAUGGGAGCGAAAAGGAUAUUGUUGUUCUUAUCCACAAAAUUAAGAGUCGGGUCAGGCAAGCAGCCGAUUGGGCUACUGCUGCUCACCGCACAUUAGGAAUGGUCGAUGUACUUGAGUCAGGAUGAGCGACACCCGAUAAUACCAUGCCACAAUUCAGAAACUGAUGGCCAUCUGCUAAAUCCCUUCUCGGAACCUGCUAUACAAACGGGCAGCUUUUUCAAGCCUCGCGGACAACUCAGGUCAGCAGGUGAAGAGAUCCCGGAACAUAUGGCGACACUAGUGCGCCGUGCCGAUGAGCUGGCACAGAUGAGUGCAACAUCUGCCAGAUAUUGAGUGUCCAGCUAUGAUUCCCCCACGAGAUGGAUGCUAUUCCAUUGCCAGCGCGGAUAUUCAUCGUAACGAACUUGGAUCGCCAAUUAGUAAGUCCUACAUUAGAUAAUAAGACGCAGUGGUCAAGCACGGUCAGGAAAGACGUGGAAGCCGAAAUGAGAAUGUUAGUUCAACAUCUAUAUGUGCUACUCAGCGAUAUAUCUGCAAAUCUUUGGUGAUGAUCAUGAUGCAGCGCCAUUCGAGUUGACCGGCGCUGGACGUUCAUCGUGCGUAAUGGUCAUCAUCAUCAUCAAGGCUCGAGGAUAUUUAUCGCUGCCACUGCGCGCUCUUCGAAACAGCAUAGACUCUAGCAACAACAUCGAGCGCUUCAAGC